AUGGCUGGUGAAGUGGUCCUUCUAGAAAUGAUGGCAACGUUUUCAUGUAAACCACUGAGGUCGAUCGCUAUCAGUGAACACUUUCUUGCCUGUGUAGCAUUUAUGUUGAGCAGAACGUCGAAGCGCUUGCUAUCAGCUCAAAUAAAUGCAGACAUACGUAAAAAAGUGCUGAAAGUUGGAUCACUCCGAGUUCCCAUUGUGGGUGCUACGCGACCUGAACUCGUACCUGCGAGGGGCAGCGGUCCUGCUCUUCAACAUUUCUCUGGUGAUGUUUUGGCACAUCUGAAAUGGAUGCUCCAAAAGGAAAUCUUGGGGCAAGACAUAUUUUUGAUAGGUGUACCAGGAUCUUUUCGAUCAGAUAUUGUGUUGCAAUACCUAGAAUUGUGUAAUCGGGAGUACGAGUACCUUGCAGUAACUCGUGAUACGACAGAAGCCGACAUAAAGCAACGCAGAGAGAUUCGUGGUGGAACAGCCUAUUAUUCCGACCUUUGCGCUGUUCGAGCUGCUCUUCAUGGUCGCGUAUUGGUCAUCGAUGGUGUAGAAAAGGCGGAACGCAAUGUGCUUCCCAUUCUGAAUAAUCUUCUAGAGAACAGGGAGAUGCAACUGGAGGACGGUCGCUUCCUGAUGCAUCAUGACAAGUAUGAUAAACUUUCAAAAGACCACUCAGCGGCACAGUUGCACGAAAUGGGUCUCGAGAGAGUCUCUGAACGUUUUCACAUAAUAGCGCUUGGUCUGCCGGUCCCUCGCUUCACAGGAAACUCUCUGGACCCGCCUUUACGCUCGAGGUUCCAAUGUCGCAACGUACAGGAACCAACUUUCGAGGACACUCGACGUAUGUGCCAUCACUUAGCCCCCAAGGUACCCUCAAACUCUGUCAAUGAUUUGGUUUCUAUGAUUUACGCAAUCAACUCGCAAUCCGAUCUCGGCAUCUCUCAAGUUCCUAUCGAUCUCAUUCCCAGAAUCAUGCGGAUGUGGAAUGCUGCCCCGAUGUACUCGGCUGAGGUAAUGUUCAACUUCAUAUACCCAUGUAAAAGCAUGUACAAAGAAGAUCAAGUGAAACUUGUAGAUGAUUUCAUAGCCAAAUUCAUCAGUGGGGGCAAGAUCUCGCUAUCCGAUUCGAAACCAUCUGCGAAAGCAGCUCCAUUAAACGCAGCAAAAAUGCAGGCAACUACACCCUUGUUAAAAAACGAAUUCUUGUCCACACCGACCUCUGAAAACACUAUCGCUGAUCUCGCUGUGGCGCAUUCUAUAGGAGAUUUUGCGCUUAUAGGUGAUAGAGGAUCUGGCAAAACGAUAAUACUGAAGGAGUUGGCUGCUCGUUUAAGCUUUAAGGCGGAGACAAUGGUGCUCUAUCAGGACAUAAAUUCACGUGAGCUCUUUCAACGUCGGCGUAUGCUUGACAAUGGAGAUACGAUGUGGGAGGACAGUCAACUUGUUGUUGCCGCUAAGAGAGGGGAUGUAUGCGUUCUUGAUGGCAUUGAAAAGGUUCACUGGAGUGCGCUCGAAUCGCUACAAACACUUUGCCAUCAUCGUCUACUGUUUUUACCAGAUGGUAGUCGGUUGGUUGGAGAGGAGGAAUUCGGCAAUGUCCAAAAGUCUACGGGAUACGAUGAAAAUUUGCUAAACUCGAAGGGGGUAUACAAAAUUCCCGCGAGCUUUCGUCUCGUGCUCAUCGGCGAUACUACUUUCACAGAACAUCGUUGGCUCAACGAAUCUGUGAUGAGUCUCAUGCCAUUCAUUCAAAUGCGAAACUUGACACCAGAGGAAAAGUGCGACAUCAUUAAGGGGGUCGUGCCAACAGCUGCAGCGGAGACCGUUUCAAACCUUGUUAACUUCGUCGAACGAUUAAGAUCAUCCACCGAUGCAGGGUUACGUGGUAUCGCAUCUUCACUAUCUGUGCGUAAGCUCAUUCAUAUUAUCAGAAGAGACUCACUCCAUCGCGGGGAACUCAGAGAUCUCAUCGAAAAUGCUGCGCUGGCAAAAUUCCUUCCUUCGGUUGUACGAUUAUCCUUCUAUUCUGAACUGGACAAAACCAAUUUUACUACCGAGGAUACUCUGGAAGAAUUCUCUGACGACGUGUCUCAUCUGCUGGAUCAACGUAACAAGGAAGGGAAUGCGGCAAUGAUACCAGACAUUCUUUUUUACGAUAACAAGGAGCACAUGAGUGUAAUCCAAAAUAUGGCUCGUGAUAUGAGACUAGGAGCGCAUCUUCUGUUAAUCGGAAAUCAAGGCGUGGGGAAGAACAAGAUCACGGACCGAUUUCUCCAACUUAUUCAAAGGCCUAGGCAGUACAUGCAGUUGCAUCGGGAUACGACAGUGGAAGCACUUACUAUGCAAUCCACCGUGGAGAACGGAGUUUUGCAAUAUCAAGACUCAGCACUGGUUCGUGCUGCUAGAGCAGGUCACGUCCUUGUGGUUGAUGAAGCUGAUAAAGCACCAUUACAUGUGAUUGCUCUCUUCAAAAGCUUGCUCGAUUCCGGAACAUUGCUGCUUGGAGAUGGUAGACGCAUACAGCCUGCUCAGUCUUCCUCAAAUGAUCGAUGCAUACCACUUCAUCCAGAUUUUCGCAUCAUCAUGCUCGCUAACAGGCCAGGCUUUCCGUUCCUUGGAAAUGAUUUGUUUGGUGUCCUGGGCGAUCUUUUUUCUGUUCAUAUGGUGGACAACCCAAGUCGUGAAAGCGAGCUCAAUAUGCUAAGAAAAUAUGGCCCUGAAGUAGAGGAAGCGACGCUUUUGAAACUGAUGGCUGCUUUCUCAGAGCUCAGGGAAAUGGCUGAUGAGGGAGUACUGCAUUACCCUUACUCUACUAGGGAGCUUGUCAAUAUAGUGAAACAUAUCAAUAAAUUUCCAGACGAUUCUUUGACUGCUGUCAUAAGAAAUGUCUUUGACUUCGAUGCAUUCUCCACUGACACAAUAAAUUCGAUCGAGGAAGUGUUUCAAAAGCAUGGAAUACCUUUUGGCGUCGAAGGACUCGCGAAUCGCGUUUUUCUCUCCUACCGAUUUCCUCUCGAUCCUGCUUCUUCCAUUGGGCAUUGGGGAUUAUACGAUAGUGAUGCACCGUAUACGGUGGACUCCAGCGAGGAAUAUAUAAGAGUAAAGGAUGGAGCUGUCGUGAAACACAACUCACUAAGGCUUCUCAAAAAACAUAUGCGAGCGAAGGAAUUUACAGAACAGGAAUGUGUUUGGCAGAUCCCUAUGCUUGACGUGAACAUAUGCUCUGAUGGAGUUAUGUUAGGGAAUACACUCGUUGUGGCCACCGUCAAUCCUCCCCGUCUUUAUGUUAUCAAAAACUUGAAUGAAGCUGACCAGGUUCACGAACUAGAUAUUUCUGCAAUGUUCAACUUGCGUAGAAAUCUCAUCAAAUUCCAACCAAGAAUCAAACUUUCUUCUUACGGAAGUCGUAGAGUUUUGGUCCACGAAGAGGUGACAAAUUCAAUCUGUUUGGUAGAUUUAGAAAGAAAUGUGCUUCAAAAUGUCAAGUUGGAAUACUCGGCGCUGGAUAGUGUUGCUAAAUUGUUUGAUAGCGGCGAGUAUCGGCUUGUACGUGGUGAAAGUCCUGUACUUUUUGGACGUGAUGGAACUCAAAUUUUUCGUUUCAAUCCCAAUGGGAAUGUGACUCUGAUGAGUUUAGGAGAAGAACUCGUUAACGUGCUGCACCUAGAGAAUGAUAUGUAUGUCACAAAAUCAAAGAAUGGAAAAGUUAGUCUACUGUCGAAGAAUGACAACAAGUGGGAAUGUCGAGAUACUCGGUUCUCUAGCACUAUACCCAUUGAUCUGGAUAGCAUUUCUAAACAGAGUGGAACAUUAUAUCUCUCUUCCGAAAACUUCUACUAUCUCAAAACCGAUGGAUUUCCAUUUUCAGUGGAUCGGUCACAACUACUUGGAGUUGUCCGCCAAAUCCCCAAAGAAGUGGUAGAUGCCCGUAGGCCGCAGUAUUUGUCAGACCAAGAAACGGCCAAGUUCAUGGACUCCCAGAAAAGUAUUCUGACGUUGCGUGACGGAGUGGUUGUUAGAGCCUUGCCUAAGUGGAAGGUGCCUCAAGAAGCAGUAAAAGAAGGUGCGGAGCUGCACAACAUUGCUGGAUUUCUGGAAGUGAUAGAUACUGUCAAUAACUUCAGACAGUAUGUCCCAGUUCCUUGUCCACUCCAUCACAGCUAUCAUGGCGACAAAAUGCUCACCAUUGACGCAAGUGGAGGAGUGCGUACCUUCGAGUUAUCUGAGACAACACUGGGGAAAUCGUAUAAGCAAUGGAAGCGCUUAGUAGGAGGUAACGAAGAUGGCGACCUGCGGAUCGAAUACGAAGAUGGGAGUUUUGACGUCUCAAAGCUUCUGGAUCCAAAAAUUGGAAAAUUCGACCCAAACAAUGCUCCACAUCACGGAGGAAACCAGUGGAUGGGAGGAACUGGAGGGUAUAGUACCGCCGGUCUGGGCGGUGUAGGAGGGCCAUUCAGACUGGACGCAGGACAUGAAGUGCAUCAAAUGCCUGAGUCAGCCAAACGACAAGUUCCUGAGCAUAUAUUACGAAAAGCUAGAGAGAUCGCAAAGGCUGAAUAUCAAAAGAAACUCAAGGAAAUCGCUAUGUCUGAAUAUGACGCGGAUGCGUACAUGGCGCUUUGGAAUAAAAUUGAAAAGCAGUCUAGUCUUUUGCGAUCCAUUGUUGAGCAGCUAGAAGCGAAGGAGAAAGAGCGUCAGUGGGCUCGUCAUCAAACUACCGGUGACCUUGAUGAUGGGAAGCUUAUUGAGGGGAUUACUGGCGAGAGAAAUAUCUACAAGCGGCGCAUAGAUAAGGUCCCUGAACCGGGAACACCGCAGAUGAAGCCAAAGAGGAUGAGACUUUGUUUCGAUGUGUCUGGUUCUAUGUAUCGCUUCAAUGGUUAUGAUAAAAGGCUGAACAAAUCUCUUGAAGCAGCUCUCAUGGUCAUGACGUCAUUCGAAGGCAAAAGUGACAAGAUCAUUUAUGACAUCACUGGACACUCUGGAGAUGGGCCUUGCACAGAAUUCGUUAAAGAAGGACGCUAUCCGCAAAACAAUAAAGAACGACUGGACAUUCUAAAGCAGAUGCUAGCUCAUACACAGUUUUGCUCCAGCGGUGACUUUACGGUUGAGGGUCUGGAAGAUGCGGUUCAGUAUUUGAGCAAAAAGAAAGACUGCGACGAGAAGUUUGUUGUUCUUAUCUCUGACGCAAAUUUGGAUAGAUAUGGAAUAUCGCCCAAAGAAUUAGUGAGGGCCAUGAACAAAAAUGAAGAUGUCCGCUCAUUUAUAAUAUUGAUUGGUUCUCUUGGCGAACAAGCAGCUAGGCUCAAAGAGUCGUUGCCGGUUGGAAAAGCAUUUGUUUGUGAAAAUACAUCUGAUCUCCCAAAGAUAAUGCAGAGCAUUUUUGCAUCUACCUUAGCUUGAUCACCUCCUCUGCUCAUGAAGGUUGCACAUCGUUCCUCAGAAUCAUAAUGAAGUUAUAAUUUGCAUUGUUCUGUAUUAAGAUAGGGUCAUUGAACAAAGAAGAAAGUAUUUUCAAAAAACAAGCUUUUCACG